AUUCGGAUCACCAGCCAUUAGCUACCCUUCUGGCGCACGGCAAGCCCGUUCCAGUAAUGUCCGCGGCACGCAUGCAACGAUGGGCUUUGCUACUAGCGGCGUACGAUUACAAAUGAGUGUAUCGUAAAGGCAGCAACAUGGGAAACGAUGACGCGCUUUCGCGGUUGCCGUUGGCGAAUGAUCGAGAUGUCUCAGAUUACGUACACUUUUUCUCGGUUGUCAAUGAACUUCCGUUGUCUGCUGACGAGAUCAGCCAGAAAACGAGUACGGAUGGUGUGCUAUCGAAAGUCUUGCUGUACACGAGGAAUGGCUGGCCUGCGCAUGUAACUGAUAGCGAAUUGACCCCGUACUUUGUUCGACGGCAUGAACUAUCUGUAGAUCAGCAGUGCGUUACGUGGGGAAAUCGAGUAAUUGUUCCGCACUGUUUGCGCAAACGAGUAUUGGCACUUUGUCAUGAAGGUCACCCCGGAGUUACGCGUAUGAAAAUGCUUGCGCGCCGCUAUGUCUGGUGGCCUCAGUUAAACCAGGACAUUGAAAGCGUUGUUAAAAGCUGCUGUACUUGUCAGUUGACACAGAACGCUUCACCGAAGGCCCCACUACAAACUUGGGGUUGGGGCAGCCGCAGAUGGCAACGAAUACACCUGGAUUUCGCAUUUGCAGACAACAAAUGGCUGUUUGUGCUGGUGGAUGCACACUCAAAGUGGGUUGAAGUGUUCGUCAUGAACUCAUCAACGACCGAAAAGACCAUCGAGAAGCUGCGCAGGGUGUUCGCAUCGUAUGGCCUUCCGGAGGAAGUCGUAACGGACAACGGGCCACAGUUCACUGCGAAGGACUUCACAGAGUUCCUGUUCAAGAACGAAGUGCAGCACACCAGGACACCGCCAUACCAUCCUGCGUCCAAUGGAAGCGCCGAGAGGUGCGUCCAGACGGUGAAACGGGAUCUUAUGAGACAGAUUCUCGACGUAAAGUCAUCGGGCGUCAGCAAGACCCUACAGGACUGCAUAGACCUAUUUCUGUUCAGGUACCGGAACACGCCAACCACAACCACGGGACAGACACCAGCAGAACUGUUCCUGUCGUGGACGCCCCGCACUCGCCUGACUAUGCUACAGCCAUACCUGGAGAGACGUAUGGAAGAACGUUUCUGCAAAGUGAAGGGCAAAGCCGACGAAAAAAGAGGGUCGUGGAGAGCUUACAAACCGGUUGAAAGCGUUCUGGUUCAAGGUCUUCGUCCAGGUGAGCCCAAGUGGUUGCUAGGAGUCAUCGAAAAAAGGUGCAGUGCCGUUACGUACAUUGUGCGUGUAGGACCCGGCAACAGAUUCGUGCAUGUAGACAGUCUACGUUCACGUUAUUUGGAGAGUGACGAACAAGGCCCCAGUGAACCUCCCUGUUUCGUGCCCAGUUCAAUUACAGACCCUAUGCCGGAAGCGUCUCCAACGAGGCCCCCCUUUCCUGUGCUGGAGCCCCCAAGCUCCGAGCCACCCGAAGACUCUGCUCCCUCGGGACAACGGAAUGCCAGUCCACGCCGAGACUCCGCACCGGCGACCCCUCUGCAAGAACCUGCAUCCCCUCUAGGUGCUCAGACUCUUCGACGCAGUACUCGCGCAAGGAAACCUCCCGACUGGUACAGGCCAUAACCAUUGUGGGAAGGAGUGUGGUGUCAUGCGAAGCCUGUGUGACGUCACGCUGAUAGCGCGGUGCUCAUCGCCUUAUAAGCGCUGUGAGCCGGGCGCUCCGUGUUCUUCUCGCUCAGCACUCACGCACUAAUAAACCGUUUAUACUGUUCGCCACUCAUGGCCACUCUGGCUCUGCCUCGUCCCUCGCGGUU